AUGGCCGAGGAUUCCGGUAUGUUGGACAAUGGCGCCAUGGUUUGGGUGCCACAUAACGAGCAGGUAUGGAAGAAAGCCGUUGUCGUUCGUCGUUUGGACGACGGGGUUUCGGCCCAAGUGCGUCUUCAGCCAAGCGACGAUGGUGAGUGGGACAAGGAUGAUGGAGUUGAGCAAAUUGUAAACAUUCGCGAUAUCGCACGUCUUGCGGGUGAAGUCUCGGAUGAAGCGAUGCCUAUUUGCAACGUCUUUGAAGCUGAUGGAGCGAAUGACAUGUGCACACUUAACCACUUACAUGAACCAGCAGUGCUUAAGAACCUCGAGCUACGAUUUUCAAAAAAGAUGCCGUACACAUACACGGGUGCCAUCUGCAUUGCGGUGAAUCCGUACCAAUGGCUUGACUUAUAUGGGAAAGAGCUCUACCUGCAAUACUUGGAACAACCACGUGACUCACUACCUCCACACCCUUUUGCACUAUCUGCUGUGUCAUAUAUGGACAUGAAACGAACUCAAGUGGAUCAGAGUAUUCUAGUCAGUGGGGAGUCUGGCGCUGGAAAGACGGAGACAGUCAAGAUCAUGAUGAAUCAUUUGGCGUCUAUUUCAGGAGGUGGUCAACAUGGAACAAAGGUGAUUGAUCAAGUCUUACAGUCAAAUCCAUUGUUAGAGUCAUUUGGGAAUGCCAAGACGAAACGAAAUGACAAUUCGAGUCGAUUUGGAAAGUUUGCACAGCUUCAAUUUAGCAGCACUGGAUCUCUUGUGGGUUGUCUUUGUGAAACGUAUUUACUUGAAAAGAGUCGAGUGGUAGGACAGACAGAAGGGGAGCGCAAUUAUCACGUCUUUUACCAGAUCUUUUGUCUACCUGAUGAUCGCAAAAAGGAACUGAAACUUAGUGGCAAUGCUGCGAGCUACAAGUACGUGACAGAAGGUGCUGACGCUCAAUUGACUGGCAUUGAUGAUUUUCAGUGUCUUAAAGAGACACAAGAUGCUCUGGAUACGAUUGGCAUCUCAACGGAUGAACAAAAUGCAAUUUUUGAAAUAGUGGCUGCGAUUUUGAAUCUUGGAGAGAUUGUAUUUGCACCGAAUGAUAGUGACAAUGAGAAGAGCCACGUCAAAAAUGAAGACAUUGUCGAUAAUGUCGGUGCGUUACUAGGCACUGAGAAUGCAAAGCUACACUCCACACUUCUAGAGCGCUCAAUCACGGCCGGUACUGAGUCUUACACAAUCCCACUUAAUGCAGAGCAGGCGGCGUAUCUACGUGAUGCUUUAGCUAAGGGCAUGUACACACAGCUUUUUGACUGGCUGGUGCACCGCAUAAACAAAGCAAUUUGUUCAACCAACAACGUCAAGACUCACAUUGGUCUGCUAGAUAUCUUUGGCUUUGAAAGCUUUGAUCAAAAUGGUUUUGAGCAGUUGUGUAUUAAUUAUGCCAACGAAAAACUGCAGCAGAAGUUUAAUAGUGAUGUGUUUAAGGACGUACAGCAAGAAUACGUCGAUGAAGGUAUUCCAUUGACACUUGUGACGUUUGAAGACAAUCAGCCGAUUCUCGACUUAAUUGAAGGUCGGAUGGGAAUUGUCAGUAUGCUGAAUGAAGAAGUGUUGCGUCCCCAGGCAAAUGAUAGUACGUUUGUCAGUAAAGUUUUGGAUGCUUGUAGCAACCAUCCAAGCAUUGAGAAAAAUCGGAUCAACCCGUUGCAGUUCACGAUUCAUCAUUAUGCAGGAGAUGUAACGUACAAUGGAUUGGGAUUUCUCGAAAAGAACAAGGACACACUGCCGACUGACAUGGUACAAUUAUUGUCUAGUAGUCGGAAUAAAGUCAUUGCUGGCAUCUUUACACCUACACAACAAAACAAGCGCAAUAGUCGUGGCAAAAAUGGCAAGGAAGGUCGCCAAAAGGGCUUUCUCGUUGGCAACACGAUUGCAGGAGCCUUUCGUAAACAACUUUCGGAGCUCAUGGUGACGAUUAACAAGACGUCAUCGCAGUAUGUGCGAUGCAUCAAGCCAAACGCAAACAAGAGUGCGACUCAGUUUAAUCGCGUCAUGAUUGUAGAACAAUUGCGAUGUGCUGGAGUGAUUGCUGCCAUUCGCAUUAGUCGCGCGGCAUUUCCUAACCGCUUGCCGCUUGUUGAGUUUCAGCAGCGGUUUCAAAUUAUCUGUCCCUCAGCCUUGCGUGAGGCUGAACCGCCCACGAUGGUUGCUGGUCUACUGAAAGAAUUGAUUCCAGACAUGGCGUCCACAAUGCAAAAUAGCAAGUUUGCAGUGGGCAAGACAAAAGUUUACUUUAGUUCUGGCCUGUUACAACGAUUGGAAGACCGUCGAAAUGUGAUUUUAAAAGAUCAUGCGAUUCUGAUACAAAAGACAUUGCAUGGCUACGUCUAUCGCAUGCGCUUUUUCCGUCAACGUGCUGCAGUUGUUAAGAUGCAAUCUGUAACUCGCGGUGGACUACAGUUAAAGCGCUUUCGGACACUACGAGCAGGUAUCAUCACCCUUCAGGCUCGAGAGCGUGGCCGGAAACAACGCGUUUUGUAUGCACUUUUACUGGAACGCGUACGAAAAGAACGUGCGAUCGAACAAACGCGUCUUCGGAAGAUUGCUAUGGAAGCAGAAGCCGAGAGACUCCGUCAUAAGGCGAUGCAGGAAGAGCAAAAUCAUAGCGAUCCUCAACCGGAGCCUGUGGAAGACGAUUGGAGUGACGAAGAGAGUGAUAAAGAUGGGGAAUUUUUGUCCGGUCCUGUGUCACCGCGCACUCUCCGCGCGCUCACGGAAGCUGCGUCAAAGGUUGCUGAGGCUGAGUCUGCGGCUCGCGACGCCAAACAAGCUGCUGAGGCCGCUUUGGAAUUGAAUCGAGAACUUGUGUCGCAGAAUGACCGCUUGCGCUCGACCUUGUCAUCGAAUGUGGCAGAAUACGCCGAUGCUGAGCUGUUACGUGAGAACGAACGCUUAAAGCAGCAGGUGCUUCAGCUCCAAACGAAGCUGGUACGGUCGCAAGAGGUCUCGCUUAUAUCUGCCAAGGUGGUCGACAGCCGAAUCACGUACCGUGAAGGCCGGCAAUUUGUUGAGUAUAAGCUGCAAAUUGAAACCAAUACGCGAGGCACGCUAUUCGUAUGGCAUCGGUACAGUACAUUCCGAAAUUUGGCCGCGACACUACAGACAAAGAACGGAUACAAGCGCAAGGAAAUUCCAGAGCUGCCGAACAAGCAAUUGUUUGGAAACUUUUCGGAGAAGAUAAUACAAGACCGUGUGGCAAAAUUGAAUCAGUUUUUGGAAGCUGCAACCAACGCCGAGUAUCUCCAGUGGGGAAUUCGGGUCGACCAAGACACGUGUGUGUACAAACGCCGAGUGAAGAAUGCGCGCGAAAGUAUCUCGACUGCUAGCACACACUCGUCGUCUCCUCGCUCAUCAUCGCGAUUGUCGAUGAAGUCAUUCAGUUUCCGUCGUGGCAGUACCGCUGGCAAUUAG